AAGAACGCGGACACAGUAUUGAAAAGAAACGGACGGCGGCAAUGCAUCGACGACCUGUCAAGGGAGGAACUGGAUGGGACUGCAAGGCAGAAAACGCUAAGGCGGCUGGAUUGUACUACGAAAUCGCCAACGUGGGCAAAGUCGUGGAAGCGUCCAAGAAGCGCAUCACGUGGCGCAUUAAGAUGAUAGAAGGCAAGGAGUAUGAAAUCUCCCUCACGCACUCGAUUGCAAGCGGGAAGAAAGUGCUCAGAAUCGACGGCAUCGUGACCCAUCAAACGACGACGUUUGCGCUCGGCGACUGGGACUAUUGCUUUAACCUUGGCAACCACGUCGUUCACUGCAUUAUUAAACCGUCCGUCGAACUCAAUGACAGCUACGACUUGAUCGUGGAUGGUAUUUCGUUCCGGCGGUUGCCCGAAGACGCGAUAAAAGCCAAGCCUGAACCCGUUGUCGUGCGCGGGAAGAAAGCGCUGAGUCGCGAGCCGUCUGCGACGCAGUUGGGCAGUCGGACAGAUUCGUCGUCGGGGCCAUGGGAGUGCUCGGCAUGCACUCUCAUCAACGAAAAGCCCCUCGCCCCCAUCUGCGAAGCAUGUGGUGCAGCGAAGCCAAAGUUUGCAGUGGUUCGCCAGCACUCCACUCAACUUGUUGGUGACAUGCCUCCUCAGAGACCGACGGCAAGUCAUUCAAACGACAGCGUAAGCGACGCGGUGUUCAAUCCAUUUGGGGCUCCAUCCAACACGUCGUGGGUUGAUUUUGACAAGCCGGAGCCGACACAGCAACAACCAGUACGCCAGACCCCCAACGACCCGUUUGCCCCUUCGCCUCCUCCGUACAUCUCGCAGCCUUCUUCUGAUCACAUCGCAUCCAUGCUACACGGGCUCGACUUUAACUACACGCCGCCACAGCCACCACCUCCCGCUCCCGUGACCCCUCUUCCAGUCGAACCCACGGCCCCCGCCGAUCCGUUAUGGGGGGCUCCUAUCGUUGACCUCAACUUAAACCCAGAGGCCAAAGUCCCGCCCAUGAAGAGCGCCAAGAGCAUGCAGUCCAUGGAACAAGCGCGACUUGCGACAACGGGAUCGUCCACGAAGCAGCUCCAGAUACCACCACCUGCGUAUACGGCGCCACCUCCUGUCUACGGAGCGCCCCCUUCGUUCCAGGUUAACCCAGGGUUCCAGACAUUUGCACCGCCGCAGCACAUUGUUCCUCCGCAGAUGCCAAACCAGUUCGCUACGUACGGCGCGCCAAUGUUGGGUGGCGGAGUGCAGCCCCGCGCGCCACAGCAGCAAUUCAUGGCCAACAUGACUAACGUCCCUCCCCCCAAGGUCGCGACAGCCAGCCAACAGCAGCGCCCGAACUUGGGCGAUCCUUUUGCUACGCUGUCGUAGUUCGCACUUCCUACUAUUGAUCGACUGAAAUUGCACAAUAUUCGGCCAAAGCCGCGGUUCUUUGUGAAUUUGACAUGUUUCAAACAGCCAAUCAAAAUGUCAAUCAAAUCACUUGCCAAG